AUGUCAGAUCUUUUGAAGAACUUGAACACUGAAUUUGGAAAGCUCAAGGAGGGCGCGUCCGAUGGUCAAUCACACCUGAGGAGAUGCCUAAAGGACACUCAUGAAUUCAAGUUGAAUAUCAAAAAGUUGAAAAGCUACUUGACCAAGCAGAUGCUUGAACCGGGUGCCGGGCAAGACCCGGUUGAUGACAAGAUUUCCCGGAAAAGGCAGCUGGCUGUCGACAAACUCAACAAGCUUCAUAGACAGUGGGAUAGUGGAGUGAAAAAACAUGGCAAGAACGCGUUGCAUCAACACACUAAAUUUCAAAAGAGUGUUCUAAAUAAAAUCUACGAUUUUGACCUCGAUCAAGUCUAUGUCAACCAGUUGCCCGCAGAUGCCCGGCAGCAUAUUGAGAAAUCAAUUGGAGUCCAUAUAUCGCGCUAUAGCAUGAGCGAGAUUCCCAAAACAGACCCUGAGGCGAUGGUUCAGUACUUAAAGGAAGUUUACGGCGUAGAUCCUCAAGUAUCCUCAAGUUAUGUUGAGAUGUCUCAGAUAGUAAGGCAACUGCGCGGCGGAAACCUCGAGCCAUGUAUGCGUUGGUGUACUGAAGGUUCAAGUCUACAAUUCGAGCUUCAUCUCUUAAAUGCCAUGUAUUUUCUUCAAGCAGGGGACAAAGUGUCAACUUAUCAGUAUUUGUUGAAACACAUACCUAGUUUUAUGGAAAAAACAAAGAAGACACAUUUGCGGCAUCAGGUGGCACCGCUUCUUGCGCAGCUUGUGGUAUCUUCUGAAGCAAAAGUCAACGUUGAAGAUCAGCGCAAGAAAUGCAUGAAAUUGUUCACUAAAGAAUACUGCGCUCAAAGCCGCCUCCCUUUCGAUUCGCCGUUGUUUCUAGUAGUGCUGAGCGGCGUCAUAUCUUUCCAGUUUUUUAUAAAAUACAGGACGCUCCGAGCGGUGAGUCAUGUGGACUGGAGUACCAAAAACGAGCUGCCAUUCAAUGUGAAGCUUCCAGAGUUCCUCACGAAUUUCCACCCUAUCUUCAUUUGCCCAGUUCUUAAAGAGGAAACGACGCAAGAGAAUCCCCCUUAUGCUCUACCAUGCCAUCAUAUCAUUUCGAAAUUCAGUCUCGAUAAAAUGAGUAAAAACGGAACCUGUAAUUUCAAGUGCCCAUAUUGCCCUGUAAUGGCGGCACGCUCUAAAACCAGUAGAGUCAAUUUUGUUAUUUUGUAG